AAGGGAUAGAAGUAAGGUGAAGCAAGGCGAGCCGGUGAUCGUAGUGGGAUCGACAAAGUAACCUGAAUCCGCGACGUAGACUUUCGACGGCAGUAACGACGAAGACGCCAUGACGACACGAUCACCAACAACAUCGCCCUCGGAUCGGCGUUCAACUAUUGGACUGGUCUUAGCGAUCUUUUUCAUCUUCAUCGCACAGCUAUGUGACGGAGCUUAUUACGGAAAGCUGAUUGGCAAGCUGUCCGAACUUCACCAUGGCGUCAGCGGCGAAGUUUACGCCGUAGAUGGAAGGACCCUCUUCAUCAAGGACUUUACGUAUGACGGCGAAGGACCAGCUGCAUUCUUCUAUGCCGGAAAUUCCAAGAGUCCGAAUUCGAAUGGCUUUAGAGUACGAGACGAACGUGGAACUGCAAACGUGUUGAAACGAUACCGGAGAAAGGACAUUACAUUGACCUUGCCUGAUGGUAAAACCUUGAAUAGCAUCAAAUGGUUCUCUGUGUGGUGCGACGAAUUUGCUGUCAACUUUGGAGACGUAAGGAUCCCACGUGGUUUGGACUAUCCAAAACCACAGAAAUUGGUUGCUCUCAGCGGAGUUCACGGAAUCAGUUCAGAACCCAUCGUUAUCGUGGACGCUCAGACUCUUUUGAUACCAGGAUUCAGUUACGAUGGAGAGGCACCUGAUGCCAAAUUUUGGGUUGGUGCCGGGCCGACGCCAUCGCCUCAAGGAAUUCGAGUGCCCGAUGAAAAUGGAAAGGAACAACCUUUGCGACGUUACGAUCGCAAAACCAUUGUCUUGACUUUACCCGGUGAUCUGACGGUGCACCAGAUAGGCCACUUUGGCGUAUGGUGCGAGGCAUUUACCGUUGACUUUGGCUACAUACAAAUUCCUCAGGGUCUCAACGUUCCACCGUCCCUUAAGAUGUUAGGAGUUUCGCCGCAGAAUGUGCAUCGCGGAGGACAGGGACAGACGGGAAUACUCGAUCUACAAAAUCUACACGAGAUUUCUUCUUCGUUAUUAUCUCCUGCUGCAUCCUCUUCGUUCUCGACACUAUCGGCUACGUAUUCACCCUCCUUGAUAGCUCAACAACAUCAACAACAACAACGUCCAACAACAUAUCGUCCAAUUCUUCGUCGCGAUGAUCAAAUACAGGUGGUCCAGUCGAUCGAUUAUCGCAUUCCCAAAAGUCUGCAAGUGCCGGAAGCUGUUACACGUCAACAAAAUCCGGUCCAACAAACUGGUUCAUUUCAAUUCAACGAGGAUAUACCGAAUUUAGGCAGAUUGAGGCAACUGGCUAACGUGCAAACCUCCGACGAUUCUAGUUUUCAUCAUUAUCGUCAUCAGGAUGGUGGAGGAUCUUCUUCCUCGUCUUCGUCGACUCCAUCUUCUUCAUUUUCUUUCUCCUCUUCUCCGAAUUCCGGUUCACCGUCCAGACAACACCAGUCAGGACGAGCACGAUCCCGCACUCAUCAACCGGAUCCCCAACAAAACUCUUAUUCCAGAGUCUUGCGAUAUCAAGGAGACCGUAGGGUCGAUUCUUUUGUUCGUUACUAACGAGUUUCUUUUACCCUCCCCCAC